AUGUCUUUAACGGCAUCCUUCGCGUCCUACUCCUUCACCGCAUGCGCGACUGUGAUCCUCUAUGACCUGAUCCUCCUCCUCCCGACCGAAAUUGAUUAUGUAUGGCUUCCCCGGCCCAGACAUCCUCUCCUGCUGCUGUUCGCAUUGAACCGCUACUUGCCCUUGGUCGAUAUGGCGUUCACUAUCCACUGGCUCUCACACCAGCCUUCUGGAACUCUGUGUUGCCAGUUUUUCUUCAUCACGGGCCCGCUUGCGGUCGCUGGGGUUUUCACAUCGCAAGUGAUUCUCAUGAUCCGCACGUAUGCAAUAUGGGACCGACACAGAGCAGUAUUCUGGUGUUUUAUUGGGACUGGAGUAUUCUGUUUUAUACCGGAGGUAGUUUGCCUUGUUAUACAGCUCAAGACGAUGCGAUUCAUCGAACCGUCGUCCAACUACCCUGACUGCUUAAACAUCUCUUCAAACAUGGCCGAGACGUUCUAUAUCCCUGUACUCGUUUCAGAGACCAUCAUUGCUUCGCUCACGCUCUUUAAAGGCGUACAACACCUCCGCCAUUCUUCUCAUCCUUUUCUCAUCGAGUUUUAUGUCUCUGGGAUGUUCUUCUAUGUGUGCCUCCUCCUCAUGACCGUUGCAAAUAUCCUUGUCCCCGUGUGGACCGACGGCAUCACACCCUUCCUUACUUAUUUUCUGCGCAUCCUUCAUUCCAUCCUGAGCAGCCGCAUCAUGCUGCUCAUUGUCAAGCAGAGACGAAAACAUCGACGCUAUCUUGAUGAAGAGCCGUACACGGGUGAUGUUGAACUAUCUCAUACCACGCUGUAA